GAACCCGGUUUCCCCGCGCAGGUUCCGGAAGAGCUCGGCUCCCCGAGCCGGGCGUGCAUUACAGCCGCGGGCUGCCGUGGCCGCUGGGGCCAAGUGCUUUGUUCCUGGCUCCUUGUUGCCCCUGCGCGCGCAGAGAGGCCGAAGUCCUGGUGUUGCGCGCGCCGGGUGCCGCGAGGGCUGAGCACCCGGUGCGAUCGCUGCAGCCUCAGCUCGGGAGCUCGUGCGCCCUGCGCAGCUUGGGGCGGUCCCACACAGCGGCGGCUCCCGUGCGGUCCCUACGAGGUGGUCGCCCCGAGACUGCCUAGGCGGUGCGAUGUUGGGCCCGCCCGGGAGCCCGGGAAGGGAAAGCGAAAGCCGCGAGCCAGGCCGGUGACCGCGAGGACUCGGCGCCUCUCCACGGCUGCCCGCAGCACCCGCGCCUGCCCUCGGCUGUCAGUCCCGCGGCAUCUAGCUCGCCGAAACCAUGGCCAUCGCUCACCUGGCCACCGAGUACGUGUUCUCGGACUUCUUGCUGAAGGAGCCCACCGAGCCCAAAUUCAAGGGCCUGCGGCUGGAGCUAGCGGUGGAUAAGAUGGUCACAUGCAUCGCCGUGGGUCUGCCUCUGCUGCUCAUCUCGCUGGCUUUCGCUCAGGAGAUCUCCAUCGGUACCCAGAUAAGCUGCUUCUCCCCAAGUUCUUUCUCCUGGCGACAAGCUUCCUUUGUGGAUUCAUACUGUUGGGCGGCUGUCCAGCAAAAGAGCUCCCUGCAGAGCGAGUCCGGAAACCUCCCCCUGUGGCUGCACAAGUUCUUCCCCUACAUCCUGCUGCUGUUUGCCAUACUCCUGUACCUGCCCACGCUGUUCUGGCGCUUCGCGGCUGCCCCGCAUCUCUGCUCCGACCUGAAGUUCAUCAUGGAAGAGCUCGACAAAGUCUACAACCGGGCCAUCAAGGCUGCCAAGAGCGCACGGGACUUGGACCUGAGAGAUGGACCUGGACCUCCAGGAGUGAAUGAGAACGUGGGGCAAAGUCUGUGGGAGAUAUCUGAAAGUCACUUCAAGUACCCAAUCGUGGAGCAGUACUUGAAGACGAAGAAGAACUCCAGUCAUUUAAUCAUGAAGUACAUUAGCUGCCGACUGGUGACAUUGGCCGUCAUCCUGCUGGCGUGUGUCUACUUGAGCUAUUACUUCAGCCUCUCCUCACUUUCAGACGAGUUUCUGUGCAACAUCAAGUCGGGCAUCCUGAGCAACGACAGCACCAUUCCCGAUCGCCUUCAGUGCAAGCUCAUCGCCGUGGGCAUCUUCCAGCUGCUCAGCUUCAUUAACCUCCUGGUGUACGUUCUGCUGGCCCCUGUGGUCAUCUACACACUGUUCGUCCCAUUCCGGCAGAAGACAGACGUCCUCAAGGUCUACGAGAUCCUGCCCACUUUCGAUGUUCUGCAUUUCAAGUCUGAAGGCUACAACGACUUGAGCCUCUACAACCUCUUUCUGGAAGAGAACAUAAGUGAGCUGAAGUCAUACAAGUGUCUUAAGGUGCUGGAGAACAUUAAAAGCAACGGGCAGGGCAUCGAUCCCAUGCUGCUCCUGACCAACCUAGGCAUGAUCAAGAUGGAUGUCUUUGAUGGAAAGACCCCCAUGUCCACAGAGAUCAAGGGAGAGGACCAGGGGAGCCGAACGACGGAGUUCAAAGAUUUGGACCUGAGCGGCGACACUACAGCCAGUAACGGAGAGAAGAACUCUCGACAGAGACUUCUGAAUGCAUCUUGCUGACGGUUUUGUUCUUGAGUUUCAAGUCCAUGGUUUCUGCGGCCGAAGCCCCGCUGUUGGGCCUGUAGCUAGUUUGCAGUAAAGUGUCUUUGUUAGUGAUGUGGCGUGUGUCUUACCGGUCCCCGAUAGACACAAUGGCCCAAGUGUCGUCUGUCACUGUGAUAGACGCGUGCCAUGGAAGAAAGGAUUAGGACCGUCCCACAGGACGAAAUGUGGCAAUGAGUAAUGGGCUCUGUCUGAUGUCCUCAUCAAAGGGCUGUAAGACCAUAGAGCCUUCUAGAGCCCUCGAGGGCCUCAAAGAAACGCCAUUCUGGACUGACAUGUUGCAAGACCUGGAGCUUCCGGAGAGCAAGCACUUUGGGAGAUGUCUUAUUUUAUGAGAUAAUAAUAAGCAUGGCAGGAUAUAAUUUAAUAAUGCCCUCUGUGUGCUCUUACUGACCAUUAAAGAAAGAAAGCAUUCACUGGCCCUACCAGCAACCCUGGCCCGUGCAUGGCAGCGCCCUAAAUUGGGUGUGACCUGGUGUCGUGGCUCCGCACUGGCAGACUCCCGUCACUUGCCAGCCUCAGCUGAUCGUUGUCCUGGAACCUCUGCUCGCUGCCCUUUGCCCUCUGCAAGCACAGCAGGCCAAGGCGGUGCCAACCGAACCCAGCUGAGGAGGCAGAGUUGUGUAUCGGUCAUGCUAUGGUGACUCUCGGAAGGAAGGCUUCAGAGACAGCCCCGUGGGAAAUCUGAAGUUAGACGUUAUUGAUAGACAUCAUCAAGAGAUCUGAGACAGAAGAACAGCGUUUUACGGAAGCUCAUUGACAGAACAGCACAGGAAGGGCCACUUUGCCCAAUGUGAGCCGCGCACCGAGCUGACGCGUUUGGAGACAGGUUGUGUAUAUUGGAGCACAACUUUUAAAAAUGCAGAUUAAUUUAUAUAAUUGAGAUCAUUUGAGAAGAACAUUCUAGCAUUGAUAAGAAUUACAGAGUACAUUACACACACGAGGUCAGGAUGGGUGUAAGCACUGCUUUGUGAACAGGUUUAUCCUUUGUGACAUGGUCUCGCUCUGUAGCUCAGCCUGCUCUUGGAAUUGCGAGUCUGCCUUGCUUGGCCUCCCAAGUGCCAGGGUCACAACUGUGUCACAGGGCCUGGCUUUAUAAACAGGCUCUGACUUGGAAUUCGGUAAAGUCCGUUCUCAUUCUGACCAUGUGAACACGUACGUUCUCGCUUUGUCUGAAAACUCUUUGGUCUGCAGAUCUUCCCAUUUUUAACACUUUGUCUAAUGAGAGCCCUAAGGAAUCUAAGGAAUCACCCACUGUACCUCUGGCCAGUCUUAGGGGCAGUUGUUUACCUACCUAAUUGCUUUUUGGUGACAUCAGACGUUGCGUGAGUGGCUGCUGCCUUCGGGAAUGCACAGAAAGCAGAUUUGCUUAUGCUUCCAUGGCAGGUUCUGAGUUGGGAACUCAGAUGUCAAGAGUGCGCUGGGUAUUUGAAUGGUGCUGUUCCACAAUACUUCUUCCUGUUGAUUAUGUGUGGUGGCGCCAUGGGAGCUAAGGGACUGAUUUGUACGUGUUUAUACUGCUUGUUGGACCCUACAGUGUGUAUGUGUGGUGUGUGAGUUUUGUUCUUUUUUUUUUUUUUACUUUGAACUGACCUUUAAAGUGUUUUUUCUUAGGCAAUGGAUUUUUUUUUUCCAAAAAGCAUCAUCUUGUAGCAUAGCAUGUACUUUGAGGUAAUAAAGAAUGAUAUUUGAGAAGAUCAGGAACUCUCCGAGCCCAGCCACAUGUAGUCCUUUGGUCAUAAUGUGUGUUUGGGUCCUUGGUCUCUGUUUCAGUUAGCCCUCCCUUGCUGUAUUGAGCUACAGUAGAACUCAUGGCAUCCCAGGCAUCUGACUUGGUACUGACUGUGACAUGCAUGAACAGGCAAUCCUGUAUGGAGGGUGUCAGAACUUAGCAACACACACUGAAGACAUGAGUAGGUAUAAGAGAUGAUAGAAUACCCACAAAAAAGACCCUUCUAGAAAGUAGAACUUUGUGGUAUCUGGAAGAGCCAUAUUGUCCAGUCCCCUUGCCCAUUCCCUGCCCUGAGUUCCAUAGCUGGUGGUUUCCAGGAGGCAGGUGGCCAUCUUCAGCCGUAAAGCCUCUAAGACUGAAGUUUGGGCAGAAUGGCACCCGUGGUCUUGAGCAGUUGAGCUGCGGCUGGCUCCGCUACUUCCCUUUCAGGGCCUGGGGAGAAGCCCGUGGGGCAUGUGCUGCUGCAGCUGCUGCUGAAUUACAGCUUCAAGGAGCUGUUAUAUCGAUGCCCAGCGGUGCACUUAGGCCUGGAGUUAGCCCCUCCUCCCGCUGACUUGCUGGCUUUGAACCCUUCUCUAGGCAUGAGGGGGCUGCUUUUGUAAGCACUUGUCCCUUUAUUACAGACAUAGCAGUUCCUGAUUGACCUCUGCGGGGCCACUGGCCUUGUUUUCAGUCUUAGUGGACUGCAGAGGUCUCCAAACCAGACUCACAGUACCAUGGCAGCCUGAGCCGCACAGAUCUUUCUGGAAGCAGUGUUCUGGCGCAUUUGCUAUUCUACUGAAGGGGCACAUAGAACUCUCCAGUGUAGAGGUCCUUCAGCUCUGGGUGGGCUUGUUUAAAGUUACAACAGACCCAAAUCUUGUAGCUCGUCCUACUGAGGGGAGUAUGCUUUGCCCUUGAGAAAGCUGCUGCCUUCAGCCUGAGACUUGGCUGGAUGUUGGCUUAACUGAGUCAUGGUUGCGUACUUGUGAGAGAAUGUCUUUUUGUUAUUCCCCUUCACUUUCUAGAGUCAAAGUGAAUCCGGGUGAGGUGGGCAGCUUCCGGCCUGGAGUGACCACCAGCAUUAAUCUUGCUUUUUCUGGAGUCACAAGGCGGGGAGGAUGGGACACAGCCAACACACGACUUACAUAACAUCACCCUGCUUCAGAGUGGCGCUGUUAGGGACUGGAAACCCCGCCUUGUUUGGUGGGUCUGUAGUGUGUGUGUGUUUUAGCAUGUAUAAACACUUUUUGACGUGUCCAUUCCCACCUAAGACCUAGCCCCUGUGGCUUUGUUCUGUGAAAGACAGAUGCCUACACCUUUCAGGACACGCACGCUGCUUGGUUUACUCGAGCAGUACGAAUCUACAAAGGCCUGGCGUUUUGACUCAGCUGUAAAACCAGCUCAGGCCAGCAGCCAGCUCACCAGGCCCUCUGUUGAACGAGCAAGCGAGGGAAGAUAGGGAUCCUACUUUGUUGACAUCUAGGAUCUGAUUUAAUAGGCGUGUGGUCCUCUGCGGAGAGUGGGAAGGCUCCUUCCGCUGACCAGUAGCAGCAGACAGACAGCCUUUCCCUGGAAACACCGGUGAUUCUUAGCUUUUGAUGUAGAAUGAGUCAUGAUCACUCUCCGAGUUCAUUUAGGUUCAAGGUUGUCUUGCAGUGACCAGGGAAGUGGGGGUUUUAAGAUCCUGGUCUCAGCAGUACAGAAUAAACCUCUUAAAGGAUCUGUGAAUUAAAAAUGUGCCAUUACCAAUUAAUGUUUUGUCUUCAGGCACUGAGAUGAACGGCUCCUUUGGGGUGAUCAUUGGCGUUUUGGCCUUAUGUCUCAAAGGAACCAAACCUCUUUUAAGGGAUUGACAAAUGCUAUUGUGUCAAAUGUGGAAUAUAAUAGAUGCUAAUUUGUAGUUCAUUUCCCUCCUGCAUUCAAUUAGACCCAUUGUAUUUCUGGAUCUCUUUAGCUGUGGAGUGCAUUGUCGCUGGAGCAUGUAGUUUUUAAUCAGUAAUUGUUCGUAGGUUCCUGAAAGGUACAAAGUUUCUUCUAUCUUAGGUACUUUUUCCUUGCUCAACACAGGCGGAAACAGUAGGAUUCUGCAGUGUGACAGGCAUUCCCUAGUAAAACAGACAUAGUCAGCUCCACUUUGUAACAAGCUGGCCUUUCUCAAAUGCUGUAACUGCAGUGUGAUGCCGUUCACUACGGUGGUGUUCUGUGUAUCAGUGAAAUUUCCAUUCUUUUUUUCUUUUUGUGGGUUUUGGGGGGUGGGGGAGGUUGUGAUAGGGUUUCUUCGUGUGGCCAGCCUGCAGAACUUUUGGUGGUUGUUUUUGGUUUUUUUGUUUGUUGUUUGUUGUAUAGCCCUGGCCGUCCUGGAACUCACUCUAUAGACCAGGCUAGCCUCAAACUUAGAGAUCUCCUUAGUUCUGCCUCCCUAGUGCUGGGAUUAAAUGUGUACCAUUGUGCUUGGCUAAGUUUGUAAUGAUUACAAUUUCUCUGAAGCCUUUCAAGAAAAAAUAUGUAUGUUCUUUUUGCUGUGUCACUUGGUAAAAAUGCCUAGCCAAUGAAGAACAACUUCAGACAUUAAGUUCAUCUUCAGUUUUGUUCCACAAGGUCCAAAAACUGAGACCAAAUGAUGGCAUCAGAAAACAGUCUUGUGAAGACCACGUGGGACGCUCGCCCUACUGCUGAAGGUGGUGCUUCCAGGGAGGCCCUUGGCCACACUACGCUGACGCUGAGUUCAUCUAAAGGGGGUGCAGAGCUCACAGUCAAGGCUGCUGUGUCUACAGUCAAUAACGAGUGGUGCUUUAGUUCUGUGCUCUGAUGUUUCCCUAAAUAAAACUUUUCUAAGUAA